UAAUCUGGAUCUGCAAAUUAAAUUGAACCUGAAAUAAAAUCCGAGUUUGGGGGUUGCAUUUUAAUCAUGACUAACACUAACAAGCUGCACAUCAUGUCUCUGAAGUCUUUUGAAGCAGUUCAACUCCUCCUCGCCAGUUUGAUCAGGCCCGCCUCCUGUCAGCGUUGCUCCAGCACCAGAUGCCGGCUGCUCUCCCACAGGGUGCACUCUUUCUUCAGUCUCAUCAGUCUGCGUUCAUUGUGACUCUGAAAAAGAUGACCCAUGAAGCCUAAUCCGGAUAUUUGAUGUCAUGUUUUCACGCACUCUCUGAUUUCUAAAAUCAGAGGUAGGGCUAUGACUUUUUCGUGCACCUGAAUUUAUUGGUGACGGGCUAUUUGUUAUUUCUUUUAUCUACGAGCCUCACAUAAUGUAUAAGUUAGGCUUUGUCAUUGUGAUAAGCUGCGCGUUUGUUCCAUGGGGAUCUGGAGGGCCAAAGCCCCUGGCUGAAAAUCCCAGGUCCCAACUUGAGAGCAGUGCAGAGCAAAAUGACAGACUGCAAGAGGAGAUAGAAGGCCGACAGAACAUUCUCUCCAAGCUGCUGGGUGAUUAUGACAAAGUGAAAGCCCUCUCGGAAGGCUCUGACUGUCGGUGUAAAUGUGUUGUCAGACCCCUGAGCAGGAGCGCCUGUCGACGGAUAGAAGAAGGGAGCGCCUCCGCGCAGGACUUCUACACCGUGGAGACCAUCACUUCUGGACCGGAGUGCAAGUGCGCCUGCAUCGCCCCACCAUCAGCGGUCAACCCCUGCGAGGGAGAGUACAGGCUAAAAAAGCUUAGGGAAGCUGGGAACGAAAAUGUGAAGCUGUCCACCAUACUUGAGCUGCUGGAGGGAUCCUUCUAUGGCAUGGAUCUACUGAAGCUGCACUCCGUUACCAACAAGCUCAUUGAUCGCGUGGAUCACAUCGAAAAGGCGGUGUCUCUCAAUCCGUCUUUGGAUGAGGUGAAGACCAGGGAAGGUCCUACUAGUCAAACAGGUUUAACUGAAAGCCCGACUCCGCUUCCCCAUCAGCUUCAGGAUGGAAAGAUAGUUGGAGAGGUUAGCAGAGCAGCAGCAUAUCAAGACCCAGAGUUGGUGUCUCUGAAUCCAUCUGUGGAUGAGGUGAAGUUUUGGGAGAGUACUUCUGUUCAAGCAAGUGUGACUGAAAGCCGACCUACUCCUCUUCCCCAUCAGUAUAAGGAUGGGAAGGCAGUUGGUGAGGUCAGCAGGGCAGCAGCAAAUCAAGACCCAGAGGAAAAGUAUGACGGGAAACCCUUCUUACGCACAGACGGCUCUGGUCAGAUCAUUGAGGUCGGACCUCAGGUGACCCUCAAAAGUAGCGCUGAUAAGGAGGCUUCUCAGGUGUCAAAGGCUGGAUCAUCUGGAAUGAUUAUCAGAGGAAUGACUUUUUAUAAAUCUGAGCCUGAUCCGAUGGUGGCAGAUGAUGGGGAGCCUGGAGAGAACUUUUUUGAGUAUCAUGGUUUGAGCGGUGACGGCCCAGAUAACCUCUUUAUCGAAGAGAAUCUGCUUCAGCCCAGAUCUCCUCGGCCCUGGACCAGAGAAGGACUGAGAUUGUUUCGACCAAAAACAACAGGUCCUUUGCACACGCCUAAGAAGACCAGCCAAUCAAAAAACACAAAAGAAACUGAGCCCAUCUUAAAAACUCAUCAAAGCUUUAUCAGUGCCAUGGGAACCACAUCAGUGGAUGUGUCUUCAGUUGCACAGAGUGACACAUCCACGGUGAGAAGCAUCAGCUUUGGACCACCCAUCGCAGAAAACAAACAAAGGACCACGAACAUCGCGCCUCAGACUACUCAAACAGUCACUGCUGGAAUCACCAACAGGCCAGUCCCUUCGCUGACUGAAGCAGCAGACAUUUCGUUAAGUAUUACUCAACAGAAAAAGAACAAAACCUCAGUCCAAGCCUCUGAAAAUACAACGACGGAGGAAAAUGUACAAACAUUCACAACAACAAAUACACCCACCAGUGUGAAGGAACCCUCUGGUCUGGAGCUAAACCACCAAUUGCAAACCAUAGCUGGCAGUACUUCAGCUAAUCCAGGUUCUGUUGAACUAAAUCCAACAACAAAGCCUUUAACUACCAGCCUGGAGUCUACUAUGACCCUCACAACCCACGCUGGCCCGACCACAGCACCAGUACAUCCCACAACAGCUUCCACAACUGCUACCUCCACACAGGCUGCUACUACAAAACAACCAGAAGAAACAACAUCCACCGACGUUUCAGGCUCAGAUUUGCCACAGACACCAACAGCUUUGCUUCCUGCAGCAUUAACUACCUCGUCUUCAACCACCACCACCAGCACUACUACCACCACUACCACUACCAAACAGGCUGCUCAGGUCAAACAGAGAUACAAAAUCAGCUGGGAAGAGGAAGGACACAUGGAACUAGACGAACCGAUGCAGAGGCAUGAGGAAUCCAGGCCAAAGAAACCUGAGGAGUGCAAGGACACUUUGGCAACAAUCUCCGAGCCAGUCACUCACAACACCUACGGCAGAAAUGAGGGAGCAUGGAUGAAGGAUCCAAAAUCUGAUAAUGGCAAAAUUUAUGUGACAAACUUCUAUUAUGGAAACAACCUUCUGGAAUUCCGCAACCUGGAAGUUUUCAAGCAAGGCCGUUUCAGUAACUCUUACAAGCUUCCUUACAACUGGAUUGGCACAGGCCAUGUGGUCUAUGGCGGGGCCUUCUAUUACAAUCGCGCCUUCUCCCGUGACAUCAUCAAGUUUGACCUACGACAGCGUUACGUGGCUGCCUGGACCAUGUUGCACGAUGCCCUGUAUGAAGACUCAUCGUCGCCUUGGGAUUGGCGUAGCCACUCGGACAUCGAUUUUGCCGUGGACGAGAGCGGCCUGUGGAUCAUCUACCCGGCGCUGGAUGAUGAGGGCUUCUUACAGGAAGUGGUUGUCCUAAGUCGACUGGACCCCUCAGACCUCACCAUGCAAAGGGAGACCACUUGGAGAACGGGGCUCAAGCGAAACCACUUCGGGAACUGCUUCGUUGUGUGUGGCGUCCUGUAUGCUGUUGACAGCUAUAACCAAAGAGACGCCAACCUGGAAUAUGCCUUCGACACACACACAAACACUCAAAUGAUUCCCAGAAUGCCCUUCAUCAACAACUACACCUACACCACCCAGAUUGACUACAAUCCUAAGGAGGGUGUUUUGUACGCAUGGGACAAUGGACACCAAGUCACAUACAACAUAAAGUUUGCCUAUGUUGAUGCUCAGUAAAGAUCUGUUUUAAGUGUAAUUAUUAAUACUGUGGUUUAUGGAUUGUAGAUCAGUCCACAUGGCUUUAUGUAUGGAGAGAACGGAGGGGCCAAAUGUAUAAAAUUCAAUAUAUUGUGUUCAAAAUUGUUCUUAUUAAGAUUUUUUUUUUGUAUUUCUACUUAAAAUAAGUUAAUAAGACUUACUCCUCAGUCCACACAUCAAGUUGAGUUCUAUACUCUCAUCAGCCACUUUAUUAGGUAUACACUGCUGCCUUAAUUCUUCAUGGCACAGACUCAAGAAGAUGCUGGAAACAUUCCUCAGAUUUUGGUCCAUAUUGACAGGAUAGCUACACACAGUUGCUGCACAUUUAUUGGCUGUACCUCCAUGACGGCAAUCUCCCAUUCAACCACAUCUCAAAGGUGGGUUGCGAUCUGGUGGCUGUUGAUGCCAUUUCAAGUUAACUAGUAAACAGUGAAGUAACAGGGAACUCAUUGUCAUGUUUAAGAAAUGACUUUGAGUUCAUCUGAACUUUGUGACAGGAAGCAGCCACCAAAGGAUGGGUACACUGUCGUCAUAAAGAGAUGGAUAUGGUGAGUAAUAAUACUCAGGGGCACAAAAUUGGAAUAGAGCCUUUUGGUACUUUAAGGAGAGUGUGCCAAGAAACUCCCACAAGCAUGGAUGGCUCUUUCAUGUUGUUUACACCAAAUUUUGACCCAAUCAUCUGAAAGUUCCAGCAGAAAUGGAGGCUCAGACUAAGAAAUGUUCUUUUCAAUCUUCUAUAGUGCAAUAUUGAUUAGUCUGUGGAGACUGUAGCCUCAAUUUCUUGGUCUUUGCUGAUAGCACCCAGUAUGGUCUUCUGUUGUCGUAGUCCAUCUGCUUCAAGGUACAACAUGUGCAAUCAGACAUGCUCUUCUGCAUAGCUCGGUUUUAAUGAGUGUUUGUUUGAGUUACUGAUGCCUUGCAACAGCUCAUACAGUCCUCUGAUCUCUGGUAUCGCCAAGGCAUUUAGAACUGCUGCAAACAGGAUAUUUUCUCUUUUUUUUUGGAGCAUUCUCUAUAAAGCCUACAUAUGGCUACGUGGGAAAACCCCAGUAGUUCAGCAAAAAUAUACAGACCAGCCGACCUGACAACAACAACCACGCCAAGUUCUGCAAAGUCUCCUAAAUCACCUUUCCCCCAUUGUAAUGUCUAGUUUCACCAGAUGGAUAGGGUCGUUUCCCCAUGCCUAAAUGCACUCAGCUGCUGCAGUUUGAUGGGCUGCAUUAAUAAGCAGUUGAACAGGUGUACCUAACAAAGUGGCCGGUGAAUGAACAUUGGAAUGCUACAAAAGAGUAGCUGAAUAAUGUCGAAAUGUUUCUGAUCAACAGCUCUGUUCAAAGAAACAGAAUUCAUACACAGUUUUGUAUCCUUUUUGAACUUUCAGCCUUAUUUGCCACACAUCCUUCCUCACAUGAAAGUGCUUACUCCCUCCAUAUCAGACUGCUUUGAGGAGACUGCAAUAAAGUUUUGAGAUGCUAACAGAAAAUGUCUUCAUUGUCUGGCUAAACACGGAUAAUACCUAAUUGGCUCUAAUCAUAGCUUGCACGUAUUAAUUAAACUCAAAUGCUGUGAGGAUAGAAGGAAACCAGGCAGGAAAGGACUAAAAAGAAAAGAACAUAAAUACAGACAUAAAAUGAAUGACUGUUCAAACCUGUAAUUUAAACCACUGUUACUGGUUGUAAAGUUAUUGUGGGAGAAAAUACCCUGGAACGGCUUUUCUACCUGAGGAAAAAAACAAAUGUAUUCUGUUUAGGGUUUCCCCCAACAGCUCAACAGAUACGAACACACGGCUACAGAAAAUCCAGUGUUUAUUUUGGUUUCUGCACAUACAUAAAAAAAAAAUAAAACAAGUUUUUUUUAUUGUACUUUUUCUUUGCCCCCAUAUACAGCAGGGAUGCAGCGAAAACACUGUGGUGACCCAAAUGUAUUUCUGUAAGCAGAAAGGAAUUUACACACAAAGAGAAGGCCUGUGUUGGUAAAGAAAGAAAAAACAGCACAGCACAAUCCUGCAACGAAAAGAAAUUCACUUUUAGAGAUACAGAGAGGACUUCGCUUUAUCGCUAUGUACAGGAACAGGAAACGGGUUACUAAUUCUGAUCACAUAUUUUUAUCUAUUUAUUUUAUGUGAUUUAUUAUAUAAGAUCUGUCUCUAUUCAUAGCUUAACAAAAAAACAAAUAUAAGAAAUUAAAAGCCAGAACAGUACAUCCAAUGUUCUGCAUUAAUUGUGCAAAUUUUACCCUCAAAUUAGCAAAACAAAUCAUAGACCAUCAUAAUUAAACACAAAAAUGCAACUGUUCUCAAAUGCAGUAAAUAAAAGCAGGAGCUGUGUGGACGGAGAAGUACUCACAGUUUGUUUUUUGAAACCAGUGGUUAAACAUCAGGCCUUUUACUGUAACUAUUAAGUGUUUAUGCAACUGAAAAAGGCAUUUUUUGCCAUUAUAUCAAUUGGGAUUUAUCGUCUCAUAAGUUCAAGUUAGUAAGUUGAAAUUUUGAUAUAGAAAACUGAAACUUGUUGAAUGUUUUUAUUUCAGUGGCAAAAACGAGCUUUUAUAAGAUAUGAUGAAGCUUUUUUUAUGCCCUGGGAUAAAAUUUGAAGAUGUCCACACAGUGAACUGAAUAGAAGCUAGUUUUUAUGCAUAAAUAGAUUUUCUAUCUGCCAUUUAUUAUUUCAUAUAUAAAACAUGUUUUUCGGAGGCAACAGGAAUAACAAAAAAGCAUUUAAAAAAAAAUCACCAAAAUAAAAAUGAACUAAAGCUAAAGAAAAAAAACAACUUGACUUCUGAAUUUUUCAAAGGAAAAAAAAUGAGGGAAUUGGAUUAAACCACAGAUGUUUGCUGUUACAAAAUAACAGCAAUAAAUAUGUACAGUAUCCAAACCUUUCCAUGAAUAUAGAAACACAGUGAAGACCCGAAAAAAUUAACUGGUGAAAAUCUUCAUCAACAGCAAUAGAAACCAGCAGAUAACAGAGCAAUUAGCCAGAUAGCGUUCAAAGAUCACUUAACUUCCUGAGUUUGUGCCUCUGUUGCUGCAGAUAACACAUCUGUCAUGUCUGACUACAUCACUGAUAAGAUUUGCUUUAUUCAGAGACAGAAAGAAAUUAUUAUAGCACUCCAUUUUGUAGCAAUCAGAUACAUACAAACAUAGGUCAUUUUAAAUAAAAAUGCAUUUUUAAAAUGUAUUUAAUGUUUUUUAAGCACACACACACACACACACACACACACACACACACACACACACACACACACACACACACA